AUGUGUGUCUCUUCAAUCGCGUCGCAACACGGUCAUGUCCCAGCCAAAAUCAGAGUCGCCGUUUACGGUCAGUGCUUUAGGGAGCAGGGUUAUGCAACGGGUUAUGAUGGAUCGAUGAUGAAUGGGCUGCAGUCCCUUACCAUCUGGCAAAACUCUUUCAAUAACCCAGGGGCUUCUGAGUUGGGUCUUCUUAACGCGAUACAAAACGUUGGCCAGCUCAUCACAAUGCCUAUUUGCGCCAUCAGUUGCGACAAAUUCGGUCGUCGUCCGGUUCUUUUCGUUGGCGCCUUCAUUCUUUUAGUCGGCGUUGCCCUCCAGGCUGCAGCACAGAACGUCGGAAUGUUCAUCGCAGCGCGAGGAAUCAUCGGCAUGGGCCUCGUCCUAAACAUCACCGCGGCGCCGCUCCUCCUCCUGGAGUUGGCCUUUCCCAGACAACAGGGACCACAGGUAGCCAUAUACAACAGCCUAUGGAACCUGGGUGCUUUAGUUGCUGCGUGGGUAACCUAUGGCACAUUUCACAUCAACAACACCUGGUCAUGGCGACUUCCUUCGCUCCUUCAAGGUCUCUCCAGUGUGCUCCAGAUUGGUCUCUGCUUCCUGAUUGAGGAGUCGCCCCGAUGGCUUAUCAGCAAAGAGCGCGACGAUGAGGCGAGAAGGCUGAUUUGCAAAUAUCAUGCCAACGGGGAUGAUUCCGACCCUUUAGUCACGCUAGAGAUGGAGGAGAUCCGCGUUGCUCUUCAACUCGAGAACGAGGCGAGACGCACGACCUCAUACUUGACGUUUUUCCAAAGUAAAGGUAACAUCAGACGGUUCUUCAUCAUUCUUUGUGUGGGGUUCUUUUCACAGUGGAGCGGUAAUGGUCUGAUCUCAUACUACCUCACACUGAUUCUCGACUCGAUUGGCUACAAAUCCGAGGGCACUCAAACACUCAUCAAUGCACUUCUCACACUGUGGUCAAUGAUCUGGAGCUUGGUAUUUUCCGCUGUGAUGAAUCGAUUUGGUCGGCGAACUCUGUUCCUUAUCUCUACCGCAGGUAUCCUGGCCGUCUAUAUCGUUUGGACAGCCCUCGAGGCUGUGUAUGAGAGAGGGGCAGCGCUGGACGGGACUGGGGGUAACGACCACUACGCGAAGGGCGUCUUGGCCAUGAUAUUCCUGUACAAUUUCUUUUACUCCGUUGGUUGGACGCCUCUGCAGGUUACCUACUGCAUCGAGAUAUUGCCUUUCGACUUGCGCGCCCGAGGUCUCGUUUUGUAUAACCUCUUCGUCGCACUUGCUGGUAUCUUUAACCAGUAUGUCAAUCCAAUCGGUGUCACCAACAGCAAGUGGAAAUUUUAUAUUACCUACGAUGUGUGGUUGGCAUUUGAGCUUGUGGUCGUCUACUUCCUCUUUGUCGAGACCGGCAGUCUGAGUCUGGAAGAAACUGCCGUUAUCUUGGAUGGAGAAGAGUAUGGGAACAAGUUGAUUGAAACCACUGCAUCUACAGCCGAGAGGGAAAUUGGCGAGAAGGCAAAAUUGCAGGCAAUUGCCAACAGUGAGGAGAUAGCGCCGGACAAAUUAUAG